AUGUCACAGGCUCUGAGAAGCGCAAAAGAAAGAGCCCUUCAAAUUGUGGAGCAAGCUUCUCGGGUUCGUAUCCAGGAUGCCAGGGACAACAUCGGGGCAAGAACGACUGGAAGACAGCUGAAGAAAGGGCACAAUCAGGUAUAGCGUACUCCCCUGUCCAUCGCAUUACAUCUGAUUUUAGAUGGGACAUACUCAAGGCGCUCUGGAGAGAGCAGCCAAACCGCCACUCGGAUGGAUUUGGGGUGACUUCUUCAGACCGUGGCAGCGAAUGUAUCCCGGCGAGAAGUUAUUUAAUGCCGACAUCAAGUUCGUUGUAUUUGAAAUGUCUUUUUAAGGAUCCGAUUUUUCAGUUCCCGUCGAGAGUACAUUCCACUUUCUCUCGUCGAACUUGCCAGACUAAUUGACCUGGGAUGGAUCAAUCCACGCCAACCGAUCGAUGUCUCUGUGCUCUGCUCAACUCAAAAAUUCAAACUGAAUCCACGCAUCCGGCAGUAUGGAUUUGAUCUCACCGAAGAGGGUGCCGAUUCCUUCCCGUAUCCAAUUGACAUUGAAGUUCAAUACGCGACUCAAUCUGCAAUUGCGGCCGUUGAGAAAGCUGGAGGACGAGUACGAACUGCGUAUUACGAUGUUCAAAGUCUUGAAGCGGCUGUCAACCCGAAAUCGUGGUUUGAGAAAGGAAAUGUUGUUCCGAAGCGGAAAGCGCCUCCUGCUAGCCUUAUGGGAUACUACAUAGACGCAAAGAACCGCGGAUACUUGAGCGAGCCGUCACAAAUUGAACAAGAACGGGAAAAAACGGCUUCUGUGCGAGGAUACACUCUACCAACAUCGGAAGUUAUAAUGGAGCCUCUGAAAGCGAUUGACCAAGUGUUCCAUGGAAUUCCAUCCGGAAGCGUCAUCUCCCUAGCCGACAAAAAGGUUUUUGCAGUGACCAACGAGAUUCAUCGAGAAUAUUUUAGCAAUUUGAGAUCGGAUAA